ACUCAGCUACAUUUUAGGGUGGCACAAUAGAAAAAAUUUAAGAGGGCAAAAGCAUAUAAUAAUAUUUAUUAAAGGAACUAACUUGAAAAAAAAAAAACUAUAAUGAAAAAUUAAAAGUUCUAAAAAACUAGGGGUGGCCAUGGCUACCCCUAGUCUACGCUUCCCUUCGCUCCUAAUUACACCUAUAAUUCAUCUAUAAAUUGGUGGGCUGUAACGUCUUGCAUGAGCAAAUUUUCUCCCCUUUCUAUGUGUUCUUAAUUGCAUCUAUUUGUUUGAAACCAUAAACACCAUCUCAUCAAGAAAGGCAUAAAGAUGGCUGAUGCAAAGCAUGCUGCAGUUGAGCUGCUUCAAGCUCAAGCACAUAUAUGGAAUCAUAUGUUCAACUUCAUAAACUCAAUGUCCCUUAAAUCUGCAAUUCAGCUAGGCAUCCCUGAUGCCAUCCAUAGCCAUGGUAGACCCAUCUCCCUUUCUCAGCUCAUUGCUGCCUUACCUGUCCACCCAGCCAAAGCCCGAUGUAUCCCUCGCCUAAUGCGCAUUUUGGUUCAUUCUGGUUUCUUUGCUAAUGCAAAGAUCAAAGGAAACGAUGAAGAAGAAGGGUUUGUUCUUACCAGUGCAUCUAAACUCCUUCUUAAGGACAGCCCUUUGAGUGUUACCCCGUUCUUGCUAGCCAUGCUUGACCCCCUUAAAUUAUUAUAA